GCCCGGACCAGUCGCGAGCCGAGCGCGCGGAGCUGCAGCGUCGGGCUGAGUCCCCAGGGAAGCGUCGUGGCCCCGGAGGGGGCCGUCCAGCGCAGGACCCUCCAACUGCCGCCCCUCCCCCUCGGGGGUCCCGAGCUCGCGGAUGGGAGGCACGGCUCGCGGGCCAGGGAGGAAGGAUGCGGGGCCGCCCGGGGCCGGGCUCCCGCCCCAGCAGCGGAGAUUGGGGGAUGGUGUCUAUGAUACCUUCAUGAUGAUAGAUGAAACCAAAUGCCCACCCUGUUCAAAUGUACUCUGCAAUCCUUCUGAGCCAGCUCUACCCAGAAGACUAAAUAUCACCACUGAGCAUUUCACAAGAGAUCAUACUCACCGCUUUCUGCAUGAAGGUGAGAUGAAGGUAGAAGAGCUGUUUCAAGAAUUUGGCAACAGAAGAUCUGAUACUUUUCUGUCAGAUGGCAUCAACGAUGCUGAAAAGUGCUCUCCUGCUGUUUCUCAGGGUAAAAGUUCAGAUAGCUUGCCUACGGUAAAAUCCAGCAGCUCAUGCAAAGGCUCCAAAGUGGUGCCACUGACUCCAGAACAAGCACUGAAGCAGUAUAAGCACCACCUCACUGCUUAUGAGAAGCUUGAAAUCAUCAAUUAUCCAGAAAUUUAUUUCGUGGGUCCAAAUGCCAAGAAAAGACAUGGAGUUGUUGGUGGUCCCAAUAAUGGGGGGUAUGAUGAUGCCGAUGGGGCCUAUAUUCAUGUACCUCGAGACCAUCUAGCUUAUCGCUAUGAAGUAUUGAAAAUUAUUGGCAAGGGGAGUUUUGGGCAGGUAGCCCGAGUAUAUGAUCACAAACUCCGACAGUAUGUGGCCCUGAAGAUGGUGCGCAAUGAGAAGCGCUUCCAUCGCCAGGCAGCCGAGGAGAUCCGGAUUUUGGAGCAUCUUAAAAAACAGGAUAAAACUGGUAGCAUGAACGUUAUCCACAUGCUAGAAAGUUUCACAUUUCGGAACCAUGUUUGCAUGGCUUUUGAAUUACUGAGCAUAGAUCUUUAUGAGCUGAUUAAGAAAAACAAGUUUCAGGGUUUUAGUGUCCAGCUGGUACGCAAGUUUGCUCAAUCCAUCUUGCAAUCCUUGGAUGCUCUCCACAAAAAUAAGAUCAUUCACUGUGACCUGAAGCCAGAAAACAUUCUCCUGAAACACCACGGGCGCAGUGCAACCAAGGUCAUUGACUUUGGGUCUAGCUGUUUUGAGUACCAAAAGCUUUACACAUAUAUCCAGUCUCGGUUCUACAGAGCUCCGGAGAUCAUCUUAGGAAGCCGCUAUAGCACGCCAAUUGACAUAUGGAGUUUUGGCUGUAUCCUUGCAGAACUUUUAACAGGACAGCCUCUCUUCCCGGGAGAGGAUGAAGGAGAUCAGUUGGCCUGUAUAAUGGAGCUCCUAGGGAUGCCACCACCAAAACUUCUCGAGCAAUCCAAACGUGCCAAGUACUUUAUUAAUUCCAAGGGCCUACCUCGCUACUGUUCUGUGACGACUCAGGCAGAUGGGAGGGUUGUGCUUGUGGGGGGUCGCUCACGUAGGGGUAAAAAGCGAGGUCCCCCGGGCAGCAAAGACUGGGUAACUGCCCUGAAAGGGUGUGAUGACUACUUGUUUAUAGAGUUUUUGAAAAAGUGUCUUCACUGGGACCCCUCUGCCCGCCUGACCCCAGCUCAAGCAUUAAGACACCCUUGGAUUAGCAAGUCUGCACCCAGGUCUCUCACCAUUGACAAAGUGUCAGGGAAACGGCUGGUAAAUCCUGCAAAUGGUUUCCAGGGACUGGGUUCCAAGCUGCCUCCAGUUGUUGGAAUAGCCAGUAAGCUUAAAGCUAACUUAAUGUCAGAAACCAAUGGUGGUAUACCUCUGUGCAGUGUAUUGCCAAAACUGAUUAGCUAAUGGACAGCAGUGUGCUCAGAGUUGCAUACGUAUGUAUUUUUAAUUAUCUUGCAGACCUGAAGUGGGAAAAACUACAGGCUCAUUGGUGGAUAUGUUUUUGUUAGACUAGACUUCUUUUUUAACAAUGCAAAACAUUUUUAUAUGAACGAAAGAACUCUUCAAGGGCUAAUUACCUAAACAGCUUGUAUUGGCCAUCCUGGAAUAUACAUUAAAUGGCUUUUUAUAGGUCAA